CUGAUAUGUGUGGUGCGUGUGUGUAAACUAAAAAUCUGGAAGGUAAUUAUUAAAAUGUUAAAGAGAAGUGGAUGAUUGUUACUACUAUAUUGAUUCAGGAAAUCUCAAAAAUUAAAUAUGUUCUUGCUGCAUUAAGUUACAACUCUCUGUGGUGUUCUGUAUUUCCCAUCUUAAGAAUAUCCUCUUAGUGAGUUUUCCUAUGCCAUAUAACUGAAUUCCAUUUUCCAGUUUUGAAGCUAAACAGUCUCUGUCAUGUAGGGUCAGACAGACUAUGUUGCCUCCAGCUUCUCGUGAUCACCACCAGUAGUGUGUGCUUAGAUAGAGUUGACUUCUAAAAUAGGAAGAAAUGACAUUUUUUUGAUAUUUUUUUCCUUUUUCUUUUAAGAUUCUUGACACUUAGCUGCCCCAAAAUUUAUAUCCAAUGGACAUGUGAACCUCAGAACUUUAGGUUAAUACUGAAAUGAAGAGGAGCAUGAGCAACUUAAUUCUUUUUAAUUUUGACUUUAAAAAUCAAAUGUUACUUGGUCGUACUUAUCCCUUCUUGUUCCACCAGGUUAUUGUAGCCUAAUAAGUCAGGUUACCUUGGGUCAGCAUGGUGACAGAAACAUGCCAGUACUAGGAAGGCAGAGCCAGGGCAGUCUGGGCUCCAUCAUGAGACCCUGCUACGUGCCUCCCUCCCUCAGUCAUCUCUAUUUGGAACUAUAAGUGAAAGGUUUGUCUUUCAAAUGCGCAUAUGUAAGAAUAAAUGCUUUAUGCCAUUUACGGGUUCUUUUUUCUUGGGUUCAUUAAGGUAUUUGUUGUUUCAAGCUAAUCCAUCAAAUGAUGGGAAUAAGUCAGUUUGCCAGUUAAAAUGUUGUCCGUCUUUCCUUCAUCGUGCUCUUUCAUUUUUAAUUGGUAUAAAAGUGAGACCACCUAUGAUUUGGUAAGGGUCAAAGCAGGUUCCAAGUAGUGUUGGUGUGAAAGGGCUCCAAUGUCAAGCAUAAUUUUUCGUCUAAUGAGUUUGAACAAAAGCACUAAAUGACUAGUUAGUUUGAUUUAUUCAUCAACAUUUGUCUUUGUAAAGCCAUAAAUAAUCUUCUAACACUGUGUUGAGCCCACUUCCUUCUCCUAUUCUCUUUAUCCUCAAAGUGAGUCUUCUGUAUGUUGGUUUCUCUGUUUGCCAUCUGCUCCCAGUCCACUGAAAUUACUUCUUAAGGUAAAUGCAUGUUCUCCAUAUUGCCAGACCAAAUAAAUACUCCGUCAUCUUACUGACAGUUAAUCAUUUUAAUGCCCAUUGAGCUGAGCAUGUCUCAGUUUUCCUUCUGUAUCACCAGCUAGUCCUCAGUCUCCUCUGUUUUUCUUCCUGUUUGCUUUUAUUUUUUAAAGAUUGAUUUAUUUUAGGAGUCUUUUUGCCUGCAUGUAUGUCUGUAUACUACUAGGCCAGUAGAACGUGCUGGAUCCUAGAACUGAUAACAGAUGGUUAUGAGGCGCCAUGUGGUUGCUGGGAACUGAACCCAGGUCCUCUCGAAGAGCAUCAGAUGCUCUUCACCUAAGCCAGCACCUUGUCUGCCUCUUGACUUCCAUAGUAAGGGUGCUCUCGAAUUAGGAUUUCAGCUAUCUUCUCCAAUUUCUAUGUGUCUUUAAAAACAACUUGCAUACCUAUUUUUAAGAUAAAAUUGGGUAUUUUAGAGAUGUGAAUAAGUCAUUAUGAAAGAGCACGUGAGCUGGAAAUGUUAGUUUUUCAUAGGAGAUAAGUUUGCACGAUAGUUCCAAGGUCUACCAUAACCGCUCUAUACCUCAGUCUAUGUUUUCAGAGGACAACUAACUGGGGAGUGACAACUUGGGUUGAGAAACUUCCUAUGAGCUCUUACGUUAUCGCACUGGACUGGUUUUGAAGCUGACUUCCAUAAAAUGUACUCAGAAGAAAGUUGUGCUUCUGUUUCACUCCUUGGGAGUGCUGCAGAUGCACAGGCAUGGAGGAGAAGCAGUCUGGAUGACCUGGGAGUGAUGCUGCUGGCCAGAGCACGGAGACAUUUGAGUAUGAGCACAGUUGAAGAGGAUUCUGACACAGUAACAGUAGAAACUGUGAACUCUGUGACGUUUACUCAGGACACAGACGGGAACCUCAUUCUUCAUUGCCCUCAGAAUGACCCUGAUGAAAUAGACUCAGAAGAUAGUACUGAACCUCCGCAGAAGAGGCUCUGUCUGUCCUCUGAGGAUGACCAGAGCAUUGACGACUCUACGCCUUGCAUAUCAGUUGUUGCACUCCCACUUUCAGAAAAUGAGCAGAGCUUUGAGGUGACCAUGACGGCAACCACAGAGGUGGCAGAUGAUGAACUUUCUGAGGGAACUGUGACACAAAUUCAGAUUUUACAGAAUGAUCAACUAGAUGAAAUAUCUCCAUUGGGCACUGAGGAAGUUUCAGCAGUUAGCCAAGCAUGGUUUACAACUAAAGAAGAUAAGGAUUCUCUCACCAACAAAGGACAUAAAUGGAAGCAGGGAAUGUGGUCCAAGGAAGAAAUCGAUAUUUUGAUGAACAACAUCGAGCGCUAUCUAAAGGCACGCGGAAUAAAAGAUGCUACAGAAAUCAUCUUUGAGAUGUCAAAAGACGAAAGGAAAGAUUUCUACAGGACGAUAGCGUGGGGGCUGAACCGGCCUUUGUUUGCGGUUUACAGACGAGUGCUGCGCAUGUAUGACGACAGGAACCACGUGGGAAAAUACACUCCUGAAGAAAUUGAGAAGCUCAAGGAGCUCCGGAUAAAGCACGGCAAUGACUGGGCAACCAUAGGGGCGGCCCUAGGAAGAAGUGCCUCUUCUGUCAAAGACCGCUGCCGGCUGAUGAAGGACACCUGCAACACAGGGAAAUGGACAGAAGAAGAAGAAAAGAGACUUGCGGAGGUGGUUCAUGAGUUAACAAGCACGGAGCCAGGUGACAUCGUCACACAGGGCGUGUCUUGGGCAGCUGUAGCUGAACGAGUGGGUACCCGCUCAGAAAAGCAGUGCCGUUCUAAGUGGCUCAACUACCUGAACUGGAAACAGAGUGGGGGUACUGAAUGGACCAAGGAAGAUGAAAUAAAUCUCAUCCUAAGGAUAGCAGAGCUUGAUGUAGCCGAUGAAAAUGACAUCAACUGGGAUCUGCUAGCUGAGGGAUGGAGCAGUGUCCGCUCACCGCAGUGGCUUCGCAGUAAAUGGUGGACCAUCAAAAGGCAAAUUGCAAACCAUAAAGAUGUUUCAUUUCCUGUCUUAAUAAAAGGUCUUAAACAGUUACAUGAGAACCAAAAAAACAACCCAGUGCUUUUGGAGACUAAAUCAGGAGCUGGAGUUCCAAACAGUAAUUGCAAUUCCAGUGUACAGCAUGUUCAGAUCAGAGUCGCCCGCUUGGAAGAUAAUACAGCCAUCUCUCCAAGCCCCAUGGCAGCGUUGCAGAUUCCAGUCCAGAUCACCCACGUCUCUUCCACAGACUCCCCUGCUGCUUCUGUUGACUCAGAAACAAUAACACUAAACAGUGGAACACUACAGACAUUUGAGAUUCUUCCAUCUUUCCAUUUACAGCCCACUGGUACUCCGGGCACCUACCUUCUUCAGACAAGCGCAAGCCAAGGCCUUCCCCUAACUCUGACCACAAGUCCCACAGUAACCCUGGCGGCGGCUGCUCCUGCUUCACCUGAACAGAUCAUUGUUCAUGCUUUAUCCCCAGAACAUGUGUUGAACACCAGUGACAAUGUCACCGUGCAGUGUCACACUCCCAGAGUUAUUAUUCAGACUGUUGCUGCGGAAGACUUCACUUCUUCCAUACCCCAAGCAGAACUGACAGCCGAUAGUGACCUGCACGCGGCCGAUUUUCCUGAGCCUCCAGAUGCGCUAGAAGCAGACACGUUCCCAGACGAAAUUCCUCGGCCCAAGAUGACUAGACAGCCGCCAUUUAAUACUCACGUGUCUAAGUUCAGCAACCAGAAUAGCACAGAACUGAUGAACAGCGUUAUGGUCAGAACAGAGGAAGAAAUGGCCGACACUGACCUCAAGCAGGAAGAACCGCCUUCUGACUUAGCCAGUGCUUACGUUUCUGAGGAUUUAGAAUCUCCCACCAUAGUACACCAAGUUCAUCAAACAAUUGAUGAUGAAACAAUCCUUAUCGUUCCUUCACCACAUGGCUUUAUCCAAGCAUCUGACGUCAUAGAUACUGAAUCUGUCUUGCCUUUGACAACACUAACAGAUCCCAUAUUUCAACAUCAUCAGGAAGAAUCAAAUAUGAUUGGAUCGUCUUUAGGCAGUCCUGUUUCUGAAGACUCAAAGGAUGUUGAGGACUUGGUAAACUGUCACUAGGUUAUUAGAGACAGCACUUCAAGUAAAAGAAGCCGCAUUGCUGAUUAUAUUUUCUCCAAAGACAGGAGCAGUCCCAAGAGUUUUGGUUGCCAUUCCUCUGGCUUGUACGUAGCUGCUGUGCUUAAGCCAUGCACAUUGUUGCUGCUGUUACUUUUUACCUCCGUUAAAGUUAUCAUCUGAGGUCCAAUUUAUGACAAUGUGUUAAUGGAGUAUAGGAAGUUUUAAUUGCCCAGAUCUGUUCAGUUUUUAUAUCAAGAGGGAGUUGCAUUCAUUGUAGCUACUUAAACCACCAAAGCUUACCUGCUCUGGUUUUUUACACGCAGUAACACUCAUCUCUGCAGUUAGACACUGUAUUCUGUCCAGACUCAAUUUGGCCUGGUUAUAGUUCAGGUUAUAUUAUCAACAUGGUCCAGCUUAGUCAGCAGUGACCUUCAGGAAGAUUGUCUUAGGAGUUUAAGACAAGACCAGCAUUUAUAUGAGAACAUGGGAAGUGGUUGUGAAGGUUACUCUGGUUACCCCAUUGCUGGCAGUGGGAGCUGAGAGGCAGGGUAAAGAGGAAAGCAUUAAUUAAAGAGUCAAAAAAAAAUUCACUACAGGUCUUUGAUCUUUAACUCUUAAAGGGAAGGUAGUGAAGUAAUGAAACCCACUAUAGCAAAGCAGUUAUCUCCCCUCAUCAGAGACAGCCAGUACUCUACAGUUAGCACUUUGAAGUCAUUCGGUGAGGGGAGGGGAUAUCACCUGUGUUUGAGAACCAUGACUUUUUACUACAUGGUUUACUCUAUCAAUUGCCCAGAAAAUAGUUGAGGGGUAUUAGAGUUUGAUGUUCACUUAGUGCAUUACCUGUUGGGGGUACAGGCUAGCUUCUCCCUCAGGCACUUUCAACAAAUAGAAUUUGCUUCUGUAUCAAAAGAGUCAUUCCUAAGGGCAACGCCAAAACAAGCCGAGAGGGCUUUAAUGAUAUGGUCUUACAGAAAAGUCAAAAAAAAGAGCCUUGUAUAAAUUAUUUUAUUUAUUAUUGUAAUUAGAUCUUCACAAUCAGAGUUGUCUUUUCACUAUCUGUUUUAUUAAUGUGAAACUGUAGUAAUAAGCAAAAGUUGGUUGCCUAGGGAACAAUAAUUGUAUAUUCAGUUUAACAGAAAUAAAAGAGUAUUUGUCUU